CUAACUGGCUCUCGCAGAGCUUCGUUCUGUGUUCGCAUUCCGCGUUUUCCGUCUCGAUUUUAUAGUCCAUAAUACGAGUCGAAAGAAAGACCUUCAGGCGAUUUUCAUUCGAUCGUGGCGAUCGCAUUUCGCAUACGCACCAUUCUUUUUUACGGAUUGAGAAAAAAAAACGAUAUUCGGAAAUCGACGAACGGAAAAAGUUGUCGCCAUCGUAAUCGGGAUAUUGGAAUCCGUUUACUUGACAAUCUUCCAGUUCUUGACGUUUCUUGGUUGAAACUGAACUUGCAUUUUGAGUGAAUUUCUGAGUGCUAGUGGCAAUGGAAGUUGAAAAGGGAUCAGAAUCCGAUUUAGAAACUCCAUUCAACGAUUCAGCCUUCCCUAAGCGGUUUCAUCAGGAGAUCAAAGUGUAUAAGAGACGAUGGCUGAUCCUCGUACUCUUCGUGGUGUACAGCGCCAGCAACGCUAUGCAGUGGAUUCAAUAUAGUAUUAUCACGAAUAUUACGACGAAGUAUUACAACGUUUUGGAUUAUACAGUGGACAUGACGAGCAUGAUAUACAUGAUAACGUACAUACCGUUGAUAUUCCCCGCCAGUUAUCUGCUUAAUAACUUUGGCCUCAGAACUACGGUGAUCGUUGGAUCUCUCGGGACCGCUCUAGGUUCCUGGAUAAAGGUGCUCAGCGUGGCUCCCGAUCGCUUCUGGGUUACGUUUAUCGGUCAAACUGUGGUGGCGAUCAGCCAAACCUGCAUUUUGUCCAUUCCAGCCAGGAUAGCCGCGGUAUGGUUCGGGGACAACGAAGUCAGUCGCGCCUGCGGCAUUGGUGUCUUCGGUAAUCAGCUGGGUAUAGCUAUCGGUUUCUUAUUUCCGCCGAUGUUAGUGCCGAACGGGGAGUUAUGCGAUAUUGAAAAUGGGUUUAAACGUAUGUUCUAUAUCGUGGCGGCUUUCACAACAUUUAUAUUAAUCCUCAUCUUGCUUUUUUUCAAGUCAGCACCACCUCUACCACCUAGCUCCGCUCAAAUUAAACAAAGAGAGAAAUCCGAGAGCAACAAGGAGGUGAAGACAUUUUUUGCCUCUAUCAAAAGGCUGUUGUUAAAUCGCGGCUAUCUGUUGCUUUUAGUUAGCUAUGGUAUCAACGUCGGCACGUUUUACGCUAUAAGUACUCUCUUGAACAGACUCGUCACCAAACAAUUUCCAGGAAGUGAAGAGGACGCUGGUCGAAUUGGCUUAACGAUAGUUUGCGCCGGAAUGAUGGGCUCCAUUGUGUGUGGCAUCGUAUUAGACAAAACACACAAAUUUUGGUGGACGACGGUAGGAGUAUAUAUUUGUUCUUUGGUUGGUAUGAUAAUCUUCACUUUCACACUGGACAAUAAUGCGGGGAUAUACGUUAUUUACAUCACGGCUGGGCUUCUGGGCUUCUUCAUGACCGGUUACUUGCCGGUCGGUUUCGAGCUUGCCGCGGAACUCACGUUCCCGGAGCCAGAGGGAACGUCGACGGGUCUGCUGAAUGCAGUCGUGCAGAUGUUCGGUAUCGCUUUUACUCCGAUUUAUCGCUACCUGCUUAAUAUUUGGGAUGACUUCUGGGCAAACGUCGCGUUGUGUGGCGUCCUUGCAGUUGGCGUUUUGCUCACAAUUUUAAUUCCCAAUGAUCUGAGACGUCAGAAAGCGAAGGCUUAAUAAUUUGAGCGAUAAUCGCCAAAUCAGUAAUGAGCCUUCCAAGAUACCAUGGUUGGAACAAGUAGUUUUCGCUUCGACAAUACUCUCUGUAACUUAUUAUCCCAGUCCAAUCGGGACUUAACUUAUCCCCCGAAUAUAUGCCGCAAGUACCGUAUUUUUUUUUUAAAGGUACAUCUCUUUUGAACUAGAAAGACUAAUAGCGGCCGUAAAAAAUAGUUGGAUACUAUAAUAGCGUUUACUUCUUGUAUAGGACUUUGAGAUUUUUAAUAGAGAUUUUUAGUGCGCCUAUAAAUGCCGAGAUGCCUAAUGUUGAGAGGUAGAAAGACAUUUCGAAUAAUAGACCAAUAUUUUUAUGGAAAAAUUGACAGCCGAAUUUAUUGAAAAAUUCGUAGCAGAACAAUGGUACAACUAUGGAACUUGGCUUUAAAAGAUAGCGAAAAAGUGCUAUAUAUGUGUGUGUGUGUGUGCGUGCGUGCGUAUGUGUAUGCGUGUGCAGAGAUAUAUUUUUGUCGUUAUUACUAUUAGAUAUAGUGGAAACAGAGUGGUUUAACAGAUAUACGUACAAAAGAUGAGGAAAAGUAAGGAUUGUCGACAAAUUCUCAAUCAUGUUGUUAGUUGAAUUUUUUAAUCUCAGGUAAGCGAUAGUAUGUAUGUAGACGAUAUUAUGCAGUAACGAAUUAACUCUGAAAAUCUGCGAUAAAUUAUCAAGAGAUAAUAAUUAAACAAAAACAAUAACAGAACUCCAUAUUGCGAAAUUAUAAGUGUUUACGACACUUAUGAUUGACAACAACUGACAGCAACCGACAAGUGACAACAACUGACAAUAAUCUACGAGUUAAACUUUUGUUAUUUUCCAUUUUUUCAAUUUCUAUAUUUUAACUUUAUCAACAAAUAGUGAAGGAAAAAUAUACAUGAAUUUCUUAGAGUCUGUUAAAAUAAAUUCAUUGUUGCAUAAUGUCCAUUUUAAUGUGUCUAAAUACGUAGCCAUGAGUCUAUAUAAAUUGUUAUCAGGCUAUUAUAAAUACUACCGUGUGCAAUAGACAAUAGACUUAGUAAUUAAAAGUGAUAAGCGUAAUGACAGUGAUUGUUCGAAUUAUAGCUUUAUGCGGUAAUAAAUAAAAUGUUAUAUUAAUGCGUAAUAAAAAAAAAGAAACGACUGUUUCAACAAUGAAUACAAAUUUCAUCUCUGCUAUCGCGGCAUUAAUGACUGUCGAUUAGUUUUUGCUCUCAUAUAAUCAUUGCACAUCAAAAUAUACAGAGUGUUUCAAAAGUAGAAAUCAAUCGCUCGAGAGGUGAUUGGGAAUUUAAAAACAAGAAAAAAUACUGAAAAUAGGUCCGAAAAAGCGUUCGAAUUAUUAUCAUUUUUAUGUUAAAAUUUGAAAUUACUUUCGAAUUUUUUUGUCAAAAUUGAAACAGGUGAUUUUUAUAAGUUUUAAACAGUCGUAUAUUACAGUGGAUUACAGCGAUGUGAUUUUAUUACCGCAAGUUUAAUCUCUUUCUUGUGCACUGUAUAUACAAUGUACCUAGUUUGAAUCAUUGUCAUUCACUCAUUUUUAAUUGCUUGAUUGUUUGCCUUGUGAUAAAAAGUUAUUCAAGUUUAGAAGUUAUUUUCUUACUUCGAUUAUAUGUACAUACCGUGUAUACUCCUACUCUGAAGAUAUAUAUAUUUUUUCGAAAAACAAAAAUGUUUCAUUAGAAUUAGAAUGUAUAGCUAUAUUUACAAAAAUCUCGAUUAACCGUGGCGUCUACAGCUCAUUUAGUCGCACACAAAUAUUAAAUGUCUUAAAAACAAAGUUACCGUAGUAUUAAGAAAACGUAAAGUUGUAAUGAUUGUGGAAUUUCAAAAACUUCUGUGUUCAUCUCGUGUGUCAUUAAUUUAAUUUCAGGUUCUAAAUGUAAAAGUGUAAAGAGUAUUUAACGUAACGCAAUGUUAACUAUGUUUCUUUAAGACCAUACGCGAGCGAAUAGCUAUUUAAAUCACAAAGACACAAUCCUGAAGGCAUUGGCCUUCAAAUCAGCGACAAAUAAAUCGUCUUCCAUGUGAUGUUUCUUCAUUAUAUUUUUUUAGGCCAUUUAUUGUAUGUGUGUUCCCACAAAGUUGUUCUAUUUUAUAAAUAAAAUGUUGAAACGAUAA